GGCAGGGCAGGGCAGGGCAGGGCUAUUCAUGGAUGAUUCAAGAGAAGAGACUCCAUGGGCCAUGAAAAUAUGAGAUCCCAUACGACAUGAGACUUUUGUGAGGCGAUUCAUCGUCUUUUGCUGGCGCUAAUUGGACAUGAGUGAUUCUUAGGGGCAAGCAGUGCAUAUACAUUAACAGAGUGUUACCACCAACUUUGUGUGAAUGGUUUCACUCCUAGUACUCUCAGCAUACAAUAUACACUCACUCACUCACUCACUAGCCCUCAUCACUUUCGUCUUUUCCUUUUCCUUUUCCUCUUUCUCUUUCUCUUUUUUCCUUUGUCAAGUAUUUCCUAUCUCUCUCUCUCUCUCUCUCUCUCUUGUUUUGUGUGACUCUCUUUCAUACUCAAUCUGUUCCUUUCAUUCACCCGCUUUGUCCUUCUACUACUGUUCGUCAUCUUUGACGCUGCGAACAAGCUCCCUUGUCUUGCCCGUUUGUGUCUGAACAAGUGACUCUUUUUUGUUUUGUUUUGUUUGGAGACAAUUCCUAUUUACUCUUAAUCAGCUUGAAGUUGGGAGGAAGCGAUCGACAUUAUUCUUUUCGUGCAACUAUCAAAUCAUUUCAAACGACUUGUAACAACUUUGACUCACGAACCGACAAACGAACGAUUUAAACGAGCGAAUCUUUUCGAUUUCACCAACACGAUCUUUAUUUCAGCAAGUCUAUACUACUAUCGACAUACUCUUCACAAUGCGGUGUAAUAGAUCAAGGCUCGCUGUGGCCUUGUCACUCCUUUUGACUGCUCAGUCCGCGCAGGCUGGCCCUAUGUGGACGGGUAGAAUAGAAAAAAGAAACCCUGGCGCUUUUCUUGACGUCAGGAUGGAAAACUCACAAGCUCCCACUGCAGCUCACGACGGAUACGGUAGUGGCGAUGGAGAUCAGACUACGCCUCGUCCUGUUUUUGAGACGCUCAACUCGACACCCGAACCGAAUCCGUUACUCUCUGAAAACCAGGGUGACGACAAGAAAAAGGGCCCCUACUCUGACCUCCCCGAGCCUAUCGAGGUCAUCCCCGUUCAGCCGACCAGUGAUGCCCCUGAGAAGACGAGUGAGGCUCAGGAUUCAACCCAAGAGCCUGCAAACAAGCCAACUUUCACGCAGAACCCUUCUGCACCUGUUCUCACAACCUCAAUCGUGCCUAAGGACCCUACCACGGUGGCUGAGAAGCCCACCUCGGCUGAACAAUCAGACUACAAGCCUCCCAAGGAUACUGCUGUUGUCUCUGAGACUGCCCCAGUUACCAAAGAGAUUCCCACCUCUACAAACGAGGCUCCAACAUCCGAGCCUGUCAACGAUGCUACGACAGUAGUGCCUGAGGUUCCUACAACCGAAGCAGCCCAGAAGCCAGAGAACACAGGCACCCAGAGCCUGUCCUCUACUCUUGACCUCGGUACAAUUCACCCUUCAGAUGGGGAGGAGACUAAGCCAAGCGCCGUUGAAGAGACCACGGCCCCUGAGGCGCCCUCUGCUCCCGCUACAACAGCUCCAGGAAACGAGCAACCUACCUCUGCUGUUGAAGAAGAGACAACUACCUUUGCGUACCAGCCGACUCCUACUGGUUACCUUACAACCAAGGCGCCUUCGGAUACAGCUUUCCCAGUAAAUCAUAAACACCCUACUCAAGUGUACCCCAAGCCUUCUACCACAUCUGAAGGCCCCCUGGAGGAGACUUCCACCCCCGAGACGGAGUCUCCUGCGGGUACAACUCGGAUCGUGUCUGUAGUUGAGCCUGAGGGACCCCAGUCCCAGACGACAUCUGAUGCACAAAGCCAGCCUGCUCCCACUUCAGGGGCUGCUCAACCUGAGACCCAAGCCCCAGUUUCCGAACCUGCUCAGCCUAGCAACCCUGCUCCCACCUCUCAAGUUCACCAGUCUUAUGUUCCUGUGCAAAACCCUAGUGGUCAACAGCCUGAUACUCCAGCUGCUACUACCGCACCGGCUCAGCCUCAAAACCCUGUUCCUACUUCACAGCCUGCUCAGCCCCAGCCUGGUGUGCCGGCUUCAACUGCUCCCUCCCAGCCCCAGAAUCCAGUUCCUACUUCGGAGCCAACUCAAGCUCAGCCAGAGACCCCAGUUACAUCCCAGGUCCAACAGCCUGAGGCGCCCGCAGUCACUUCAGCAGUUCAGAAGCCAACAUCUGUCCCUUCGAAUGGCCAGCCCCAAUAUCCUGCACCUGACUCCAAUACUCAGCCUGCAGUUCCCGCUGCACCACCUACCAGCACCGUCCUUGUAUCUGACCCCUCAGCCCCUGAGACGACUUCAGCACCCAAGGUAGUCCCCUCGGGAACAUCAGCCAGCGGCGUUCCAACCAUCAACCCUGGUGUUCCCACAGGAACCAGUGCCAUUCCUGCUUCUGCGUACGCCAGCAAUGUCGUCGAUGCUCGCACAUACAACGAGGAAUUUGCCAAACUCACACCCGAGUCUUCGUGUAUGAAGGGCCAGGCUGCUUGUAUUAACGGACAAACCGGUGUAUGUGAUGAUACUGGCAAGUUCCAGCUCACACCUUGCAAUACCAAAGGCGAGAAGUGCUUCGCUCUUCCUCUGUACAACUUUGAGGGUGGCAUCAAGAUUGUUUGUGAAGAUCCUGCGACUGCUGCCAAGAUUCUUGGUGGAACUCCGAGCAGUGGUGAGGACAACACUGUUCCCGGAAAUGGAAAUGGAGGCAAGGAGCAGCCUGCAACUACAUCAACCGCCGAGAAGCCUGCGGUUCCCGUUGUUACUGUUACGACUAUAGUUACUGUCGAUGACGGCGCAGCCCCUGAACCAACUGGAGAGCCUGCUACAGAUCAACCUUCUCAGCCUGCUCAACAGCCAUCGCAGGCAACUCAACCUGCCAAUGGACAAACUUCACAGCCUGGCUACCAGCAACCUUCGCAACCACAGCCUGUGCCUGAGCAGCCUACACAACCCGCCCCUGAACAGACAAGCCACCAGUCAGCUCCCGAGGAGCCUUCUCAACCUCAGCCUUUGCCGGAGAAGUCCACUCAGCCUGUCGCUGAGCAACCUAGCCAACCAGCCCAGACCCAGCCAGCCGAGGCACAGCCAUCCCAACCAUCAGAGGAGAAACCUAGUCAGACAAACCCCGCGGAGCCUUCCAACCCUCAGCCAACAAAGGCCUAUGAAGACCUUCCUCCCACUUCUGUCCCCGUCGCUGAACAAAGCACCACAUCUGUUCCUUUGCCUGGUGACACAACUUUGACCAAGUCCAUCAAGAAGCCUGAUGAAGCCAAGCCCACAGGCUCACCAGACGAUGAUGAUAACAAUGGACAGGACGGCAACGACAAGGGCAAAGAUGGUCAUGAUGACGAUGACAAGCCCACAUCUGUGGUCCUCAUCCCCAUUCCCGACAAGCCUACGGAUGCCCCGUCUCCAGCUGCUACAGAAGCAAAGGUCGACAACGAAGGCAGCAAAGAUGACAAGAAGCCCGCUGCUGUAACACGCACUGGCGACGAUGCUCACGCCACAACCAUUGUCGUCGAUGGGACUCCGACUGUAUCGGUCUACUUCACAGUGACAGUGACAGAAAAGGACCAGGCUACCGUCACCGUCACCGAGAAGGAGAAGGAGACUGUGACGCUGGUGAUUAGCGCAUAGAUUCUGGUUGUUUUGCUUUCCUAUAAAAAUUCCUGAUUUGUUUAUUUUGCGAGCUAUUUGACUAUUGGUGAAGCCGAUGGGGCGUAUUGUGGUAAUGAAGUUGAUUUAUAUACUGUACAAGGUUGGCACGCGGCCACAACCAUUUUAUUAGAUUGACAGCAAGAUUACGAUGAUGUUUCCAGUUUUAAGGAUAGAUCUAAGUCUUGAAAAGAAAAAAUCAGUACAUAACCCGUUCCCAAAAA